GAGGUACCUUCUAUGAGACAGGAACUUUCAAAAAGUUUAACCAAAAAGAGAACUGUCAGGAGAAAAUCUAAAAUGAAUGUUAAUAUUGGAGCUUCUCAAAGAUCAACAGCUUUAUAUUGUACUGCUACAGUAUAUGGUCAUAAAAUUCCAUUAAUUAUUGAUAGUGGCUCAUCUGGAAGUGUUGUCACUAUGCAAUUGUUGGAAAAAUUAAAAGUAAAACCUGAAAGAUCUUCAACCAUUAACAUGAUUAAUGUUCAUGGGGAAAGUAAAAGAGCAUUGGGUGAAAUUUCAAACUUUCCUUUCAAUGUAGAAGGUGUUGAAGUUCCUAUAAAUGUAAUUGUAACCAAUGCAAGGUCUUAUCAGGCUUUGGUGGGAAAUGAUUGGCUUUCAAAAGUUAAUGCAUAUAUUGAUUACAAAGGAUCUGAAAUAUCUAUUCUCUGGAAUAACAAGGAAAUUAAAAUUCCU